AUGAAGCUGGCGGCUUUACAGGCCCUCAGUAAAUCCGUCAGUCAGGCCACCGAUGUGAAGAGCGCAGUCCAGCACGUAGCAGCCAGUAUGGUGCUCAGCGUCUUCGAGACGCAGCAGACUGCGGAAACCACCAAUCAAUGGCUCUUCUAUCUCCGCGGCGCCACGAGCAUUGUACGUAGUCAUUCCACAGCUGCUUUCUGUUCCAUCACCGCUGGCAGCUCGAUAUUGGAGUGGGUCUACUACCAUGGUCUGCUCGCUCGCUUCAGCCUGCGCCACUGGAGACAGCCCAUGCAGGAGGCGAAGAACGAUGCGGCGGAGUAUACAACACCGACGCACAACCCUUGGACGACAGUGGAUGACACCCUCCUCGAUAGGAGCGCACGCUAUAUGAAAGAAGGCCUCAAACACAACAUCAUGUUCGAACCUUUGAAUGUGCUAUCCAGCGUCGUAGCCGAGUUACUGCCGCGACACGACAGAGCAGCCCAGACAACUCAGUACAGGGCACGCGUGAUUGAACUGGGUAACCAGGUGCAAAGGAUGCGGACGUCGGGAGAUCAGAUGAAGGGAGAUGCUGUGGCAAAGGUACGAGCAGCUAAAGCGGAGGCAUACCGAAUAUCGACCAUCAUCUACAUGAGUCGUGUGACGGGCGAGCCUGUGGUGCCGGAGUCAGACUUUCGUUCGCUGGUAGAACGAGGAUUGCGCAUGGUGAGUCUCAUCGGCGGCUGCGAAAGACCACUGCCUCUCCUCAUCCUCGGCAGCGAAGCUCGCACUGACGAGGCGAGGGUUCGUGUUCUUAAUCUGCUCGGGGCGUCCAACGAUCGCGGACGCCACAGAGACUUAAGGUCCGUGCGAUGGCUGCUGCACGCUUUGUGGACGCAAGAUGAUCUCGCCUCUGAGGAGGAUCGGGAGGUUGACUACAUAGACAAGCUGUCAUAUGUGUUCAGCUCCAGCGUGUUGGUGCCACACUUUGCUUGUCGGUCAGCGUUGCUGUAA